AUGUCAAACAGUGCAAAGCUCGAGUUUACAUCACUUGAAGUUAGUGGGAAAAACUAUGUGCCAUGGAUGAUAAAUGUAAAAAUGCAUAUUGAGUCUAUGGGAAUCUCAAAUGCUAUAUAUGAAUUAAUUGAUUGCUUGGCACAAGAAAAGGCGAAAGCACAAGUUUUCCUUCAUAAGCAUAUUGAUGGAAUGUUGAAAUUUGAUUAUCUUGAUAUUAAUGAUCCAAAUAUUCUCUGGAAUCUCUUAAAAGAACGAUUUGAUCAUCAAAAGGAAGUUAUACUUCCAAAUUCUAUAGAAGAAUGGAGAAUACUGAGGUUUCAAGACUUAAACAAAGUAAAUGAAUACAAAUCAGCUUUCUUUAGAAUAUGUUCACAACUCAAGUAUUGUGGACAAGAAGUUACUGAUGAAGAUAUGUUGGAGAAAACUUACUCCACAUUUCAUGCAACAAACAUUACCUUGCAAAAAUAUCGGUUGCAAAAGUUCACAAAAUAUUCUGAACUGAAUGCAUGCUUGCUUCUUGUAGAUCAAAACAAAGAGCUCCUAAUGAAAAACCAUGAAUCUCGUCCAACUGGAUCAGUAGAACUUCCUGAAUCUAAUGCUAAAAAUAUUGAUGGUUAUCGAAACAAUACACGUAGAAGCGGGCGUGGCCAAGGUCGAGGACAAGGUCGUGGCUAUUUUAAUCAAAACCAAAGCCAUAAUUAG